CAGCCCUUCCCGCGUCUUCUAGCUUCACUUUGCUCCCAGCCCUCGACGCACGAAUUAUUUUUGCUUGUGAAAUUGUCCAAUUGUUUGUUAACAAUCAAAAUGGUACUGGCAACUUUGUCCUCGGGAGUAAUUGCUCGCAUUAUGCACGGCGAGGUCGUGGAUGGCCCGGUGCUUCAGAUCCUGGCGAUCAAGAAGAUCAACAGCACUGCGGAUGCGGAGCGCUAUCGCAUCCUGAUCUCCGACGGCAAGUACUUCAACAGCUAUGCCAUGUUGGCCAGCCAACUGAAUGUGAUGCAGCACAACGGAGAACUAGAAGAGUUCACCAUCGUCCAGCUGGACAAGUAUGUUACCUCCAUGGUGGGCAAGGACGGAGCUGGCAAGCGCGUCCUUAUCAUCUCCGAGUUGACUGUCCUAAAUCCUGGCGCCGAGGUCAAGUCCAAAAUUGGCGAACCCGUAACCUAUGAGAAUGCCGCCAAGCAAGACCUGGCGCCCAAGGCAGCAUCUAAUCCCAAGCCCGCCGCCAAAAAGGAACCGGCCCACAACAACAACAAUAACAAUGUUACAAUGAAUGCAUCGAUAAACAGCGGAAUGACUCAUCCGAUUUCCAGCCUGAGUCCUUACCAAAACAAGUGGGUGAUCAAGGCUCGCGUGACGUCCAAGUCAAGUAUUCGAACCUGGAGCAAUGCCCGCGGCGAGGGCAAGCUGUUCAGCAUGGAUCUAAUGGACGAAUCUGGAGAAAUUCGUGCCACUGCCUUCAAGGAGCAGUGCGACAAGUUCUUCGACCUCAUCCAAGUGGACAGCGUCUACUACUUCUCCAAGUGCCAAUUGAAACCGGCUAACAAACAGUACUCGUCGCUUAACAAUGCCUACGAGAUGACCUUUACGGGUGAAACAGUUGUCCAGUUGUGCGAGGAUGCCGACGACGAUCCGAUUCCAGAAAUCAAGUACAACCUUAUUCCCAUUUCCGAGGUGUCUGGCAUGGAGAACAAGGCGGCAGUGGAUACCAUUGGCAUUUGCAAAGAGGUGGGCGAGGUGCAGUCCUUUGUGGCCCGUUCAACAAACAAGGAGUUCAAGAAGCGAGACAUUACGCUGGUGGACAUGAGCAAUUCGGCCAUCAAUCUCACCCUCUGGGGCGAUGAUGCAGUUAACUUUGACGGUCAUGUGCAGCCCGUUAUCCUAGUCAAGGGAACGCGCAUCAAUGAGUUUAAUGGCGGGAAAUCCUUGAGCCUCGGAGGUGGCUCCAUCAUGAAGAUUAACCCAGACAUCCCAGAGGCCCACAAGCUGCGCGGCUGGUUCGACAACGGAGGUGGUGACAAUGUCGCCAACAUGGUAUCCGCACGAACGGGUGGAGGCAACUUCUCCACCGACUGGAUGACGCUAAGGGAUGCGCGGGCCCGCAACCUCGGUAGCGGCGACAAGCCCGACUACUUCCAGUGCAAGGCGGUGGUGCAUAUCGUCAAGCAGGAGAAUGCCUUCUACCGCGCCUGUCCACAAAGCGACUGUAACAAGAAGGUGGUCGACGAGGGCAAUGACCAGUACCGCUGCGAGAAAUGCAACGCUCUGUUCCCCAACUUCAAGUACCGACUGCUUAUCAACAUGAGCAUUGGCGACUGGACUUCCAACCGCUGGGUUAGCAGCUUCAACGAGGUUGGCGAGCAGCUUCUCGGACACACUUCGCAAGAAGUUGGCGAGGCCCUUGAGAAUGAUGCUGCCAAGGCCGAGCAGAUUUUCUCCGCCCUCAACUUCACUUCCCACAUCUUUAAGCUGCGCUGCAAGAAUGAGGUGUUUGGAGACAUGACCCGCAACAAGCUCACCGUGCAGUCCGUGGCCCCCAUCAAUCAUAAAGAGUACAACAAGCACUUGCUCAAAGAGUUGCAGGAGCUCACCGGCAUUGGCUCCUCAAACUAAUUUCCAUGCGCAGCGCGCUUACCAUAAAUCAUAAAAUAAGAACAUAAGCUAUUCAUUAAAUUACCUAAGUUAUUUCCAAAUAUUGUGAAUUGGGUAUUAUCUCAACUACUUUUUGUUCGAAAUUUAUAUGCCAUCAAUCCGUAUUUAUAAUUGUUGAAAUGCAUAAAUCUGUAACUCGAUAUUAGAGACUACCCAAUAAUUAUAAUAAAUAUUACUUACUGCAUUGGA